UUUUUUUUACUGUGUCUCUCAUUCUUAUUCAAGUUCACAGUCGAAAUUUAAUUUUCGUGAGGAGCAGUUGCGGUUAAUUUUUUUGUGGUGUCUAGCUGAUUAAAAUUAAAGUCAAAAUGCAAUCGGAAAAAGAUGGAGAAGACAUGUCUCAAAGAGGAGAAGCCUUCGAUGUCAAUUGCAUGACACUAACAAGGUUCAUCAUACAGGCACAAAAGAAGCAUAAAAAUGCAACAGGUGAAUUAACACAACUUCUUCAAACUGUUCAAACAGCUGUCAAGGCCAUAGGUUCUGCUGUCCGAAAGGCUGGUAUUGCUCGCUUGUAUGGUAUUGCAGGCGAAACAAACGUUCAAGGUGAAGUUGUGAAGAAGCUUGAUGUUCUCUCAAAUGACAUGUUCAUCAACAUGAUUCAAUCGUCCUACACAACAUGCCUCCUUGUAUCAGAAGAGAAUGAAACAGUCAUUGAGAUUGAUCAUGACAAACGUGGCAAAUAUAUUGUAUGCUUUGAUCCAUUAGACGGUUCAUCAAAUAUCGAUUGUCUCGUAUCGAUUGGAUCAAUUUUUGCAAUCUAUAAGAAGGUCACAGAUGAUGAACCAAAUGUAAAUGAUGCAUUGCAACCAGGCAGAAAGCUUGUUGCUGCAGGCUAUACACUCUACGGAUCUGCAACAAUGUUCGUUCUCGCACUUCAGACAGGUGGCGUUAAUGGCUUUACAUAUGAUCCAAGUAUUGGAGAAUUUGUCCUUACCGACAUGAAUAUGAGAAUACCAGAACGUGGAAAUAUUUAUUCAAUAAAUGAAGGAUAUUUCUCGCAAUGGGACAGUGCAACGCAAGAAUAUGUGCAAUCGAAAAAGGAUCCGACAAAAGGAAAGCCGUAUGGAGCACGUUAUGUCGGUUCAAUGGUUGCAGAUGUUCACCGAACCAUAAAAUAUGGCGGCAUUUUCAUCUAUCCAGCAACCGCAACAUCGAAAAAUGGAAAACUUCGUUUACUUUAUGAAUGUAAUCCAAUGGCAUUUAUCGUUGAGAAAGCUGGUGGUAAAGCAAGUGCUGGUAAAGAUCUAGAAAUUCUCGAUAUUCAACCAACUGGCAUACAUCAACGCUCACCAAUUUAUCUUGGCAGCCGCUUGGAUGUUGAAGAAGCACUCAGUUAUAUUAAAUAAGUUUUUUUUACACUCUCGUUGCUGCUCCGGUUCAACAAAAAAAAAAUAUUGGAAGUUCAACUUACAAAAGUGGGGAAGAAGAUGAAAUAAAAUACCUCACGAUAGUUUUUUAUUUGACACAUUCACAUAUGUGCAAUUUAUGGCUUGUCAAUUUUUCCCUCCCUGCUUUAUGUGAAAAUUCUUCUCAUCGUUUAUCUUAUAAAUUAUAGCAGCAUAAAUUUACUUCCUUCUCUUGUCUGAAUGCUUUUGUAAUUCAUUUGAUUGUGUAAAAUUUAUGAAAAAUUUGUUUUUAUUUUGUGUUCAUUUUUUGAUAAAAAAAAGUUUUUGAUAUUUUUAAGAAUUGUUUUGGGAAUGUAUUUUGUAGUGGAGCAAGGAUUUUGGUAUUUUUUCUAGUUUUAGGAUGGAACCAAAGACUGGUUUCUUAGACUUCUCAAAGGACCUUUCUUAAAUAUUUAAAAUUCGGUUGACACACUUUGUGUUAUAAACUAGAAUGUUGAGACCAGGCAUGCUCUUUAAAAUUCUCAAUGAUUCUACGAUGUCAUAAGCUCGAUGCAUAAAUCUAUUCUCUGACACUGAAUAGAUCGCUCUCCUUGCAAAACCACAAAUACAUUUUGUUUUAUUUUUUAUGAUUUUUGAAAGGUUUUUAAGUUUUAAACUCCUUCAAAUUUAAAUUGCUUUAAUAUCUUCAUUAAAAUAAGAUUUUCAGCUUUUAAAUAGUAAGACAAUCCAAAGAAUAACAACAAAGAAUCAAAUUCAACGUCUCAACAAGCACUCAAAGGUUAGCACCACACCCCCAUCAACAAAAAAAUCAUCCAAUUUCCAUGUCAAUUAACAAUCUCACUGCUGACAAUCCUUUUCAAUUUAAAAGUCACUCGGGAAUAAAAUUUGUCAUUUCCCCUCUCAGAAAAAAAUAAUUAAAUUGUAAAUAAAAAGGAUUAAAUUUCAA